ACUCGCCUCUCUGUUUCUGUGUGUUUACUACACUGGCGAGCGUUGGGGAGACACUCGUCUUCACAUGCACUGAGAACAACUGUUUUUUUUAGUUGUGUUUGCGUGAAAACCUCCAAGAAUUCAACAUGCCCAGGAGAAAGAGACAAGAAACAGAGGACAAGGAGGAGCCCAAGAGGAGAUCGGCUCGGUUAUCAGCGAAGCCGGCCACAUCUAAGGUGGAACCAAAGGUUAAGAAGGCAGCAAAGAAAGAGAAGGCUGUGAAUGACAAGAAGGAGGACAAAAAGACCAAGAAGACAAAGGAGAACGCUGAGGCAGAGGCCAAUGAGGAAAACCACUCUGAGAAUGGCGAGGCCAAGACCAACGAGGUGGAGGACGCCCCCGAAGAGGCCAAGGAGGAGGCUAAGUCAGAGUAGCACCACUGCCCCAAGCGUUUCUCCUCUACAGCCCCUCCCCUGGAAAUCUCCCCUCUCAAGUCUCUCACAUGGUUUCCCUCCAAGGCGUAUUGUUAACAGAGGAAUAUUUUUAUCAAUGGUUUUAUAAGUAGCCGUACAGAUUUUUAGCACAAAAAGUAAAGCUGAUUAUGGAGCACCUUGCAGAUUUGCAGUGGUCAUAUCAAGUGUCUGCAAGCAAGACAAACACACUAAAAUCUUUUUUAAAUGGCAUUUCGUGAUUGUUAAAGCCUUGUUUGGUGUUGAAAGUGUCCACUGCUGGAUUGGCUCUGUCGUGGCUUGUGUAGCUGUGUUUUUCCUCCCGCCACUUCCUCUGCAGAUUAGACUCUCCUCUCCCACAGUUCAGCCUCCUAUCCAUGUUUUAUUAACGGUUCUGCCAUGUUUUCUUGGCUGAUUCUUUAGUUCUCUUAAUGUGCAGUGAGUUCCCUUUUGCCUGUGUCUCAUGGUCUUUUUUUUUUCCUCAUUGAAAAUGUGUUUUUAAAAUAAUUAAACGCGUUGCCCACAAGAAAGAGGAAGACGAACAUGUGUAACAUUCCUAGAACAGUGACGCCGCCGACCUGUGUCCGAGACGACCCUGCGUUAUGAGAAAGAUGGGGGAAAAAACCCAACAGCUCCUGCUUCAUCCGCGCUGUCUUGUCAACUUUUUUUAAACUUGUUUUUUUUUUAAAAUAAUUCGAAUUUGGAAAACUCUCACAAACGCAGGUGUCUGGUCCCUCUAUUAUGUUCUGAAAUUCUCUUAAUAAAAACAAGUCCUGGGAAUUUUCCUCAAAGAA